AUGUCGUCAUUGUUUCUAACUGACGCAAAACUACCAUUAAGGACAGAUGAUUUACUAUUUUCUAAUGGUAGGCAAGAUUUAUUACUGCCUCAAGUUGGCGAUAUGGCAGAGGAAAUUGAUGAUUUGAAUGAUGAAACAUUUGGUGAAUCAGUAGAAAAGAUAAAGAUAAAAUCUGAUUUUGGUGAAAACGGCGAGUUUAUUGAAGAUUAUCCAUUAGAUGAAGAGGAAACAAAUAUUGAUGAUCAAAUGCCGUCUAUUGAUGCUUUGAUUGGAGAUGACUCAGCAUCAAAUUUAUCAACAUCGUUAGGUCGUUUGACAACGAAUUAUAUUGAACAACAGAAUCCAUUUACACAUCAGCAACAAAGUUCAUUGAAUCCAUUCUUCAAUGAUGCAACACCGAGCUUAUUUGAACGACGAACGACACCAUUACAACAAUCACCGGUGUUAGAUGUCAGCAAUCUCGUACGACCUUCAUCUCAACAACAACAACAACCAUUUCGUCCUACACUACAAAUGCCAAUUUCUUCACAUCAUAUUCAAGCGUUAAAACAAUUUGAACAAACAUUGAUUGCUAUUGAUACCCCUCCAAAUGAGCGAUUAUUACUAAUGAAACAAAUGAUGGGUAAAAUACAAAGAGAUAUAUUAAUGCAACAACAGCAAGCAGCAAGAACGAUGCCAAACGGUAACAAUGUUCAUCAGUCUCAGCAUCAACGUUUACCAAACUGGAUAGAUUCAACGAGCCAACAACAACGGCAUCCUCCUGCGUCAUCAAAACAAAUUCCUCGUAUGUUUCGCGCUGAAGAUCUUGAGCGUGAAAUGGUUGCCCAAGCUUCAUCAACUAAUAAUGACGACAGGCAACAACAACAACAUUCACAUUUAUUAACAAAUGGUAUUAGUGGUGAUAUGAAGCCACAACCAAUACUAUUUCAUCGUCCCCAGACAUCUUCGUCGCCUGUAUUCGAUUCACCAUAUCGUCCAUUUUUUCCUUCACAACGCCCUUCAAAUAUGAGCAUGUCUCAUCAAAUGAUGGCUGCUAUUCAACGAUCAAAUCAAAUUCCUAUCCAACAACAAGUCUUCAUGUCACCAGGUCCGAUUCAACGUCCAUCUUCGUCUGGUACAAGUCCUAUUGAAACUAUACAACGUACGCGUACAGAACCUGAAAGAAGUCAACAACAUCCACCACCUCAUCAACAUGUUUAUCCUCCACAAUCAAAUAACAAACCACAACGCUUAUAUCCACGUCCUCCACGUUUAAUUUCUUGGCGAAAUCAAGAUGAUUAUGCUGGUCUAAUGAGUGAUAAUGAAAAGCAAUGGGUUGUUAAAAUACAAUUAUUACAAGUGACACCACAGUCAGCAGACGAUGAUUAUUACUAUCAUAAAUGGUCACAAAAUAAAAGACAUAUACAAGCGGUCCAAGGAAAACAACAACAACAGUUUCUACAUCAGCAACAAAUUUCACAGCCAGUAGCUGCAUUACUAAGAUCGUUGAUAUCAAAUGCACAAGAAGAAAGAACACCACAGCAAUUUUUUUCUGCUCAACAACCCGGAAGCACAGCAGUACAUCAUUCUUUAGGAAAAGUAUCAACAUUAACAGCAAAACACCCAAGAUAUGUUAUCGAUUUAGAUGGUAAUCGUGUUGUUGUUAAAACAUUAAAGUCCAUAACACAUGAUAAAUAUGAUCUUGGCAUUUUAUUAAACAUCGAAGAUAUUCAUCGUGACUUACUAAAAUUAGAUGGUGACGAUGGGGAAGUUGUUGAUAAACAAAUGUUAGAAUCAAUUUUAAAACGUUAUCUAUUUAAUGAUGAAUAUUUAUUCGCUGAUAUGUUUUUACAUCGCAAAGGUCAAAUUAUUCUUGAACGAAUAUAUCCGUACGUUAUGGCUAAUGAUACGACCACAGAUUAUUGCGAACAUAUUCUAGUUUCAAUUUAUUCAUCUUUAUCAUAUAUGGUAAGAAAAACGAUGAGUAUAAACUCAGUAUUUAUUAUCGAACAUCUUGGCAUGAAUAUGAUUAGUUUAAUGUUACAACAAAUGAGAAAGUAUACAUAUGAGCAACUGUUAGAUAUGUUUUACAAAUAUUUCAGUGAUAAAUUAGAUAAUAGACUAAAUGAACAACAAGAGAAGAAUCAAACAGACUCAUCGUCGUCAUCCGAUGCACUCGCCUUUUCAUCGUCCUAUUCUGGUCCGUUUAAUGAUCCAAUUUUAUUUACAAAUUCUUAUUCUAUAACAUUACUCAUUGAAUUAUUAUUGAAUAUUGAGAGACGUUGUUUGUCGUUACUACCGAAUCCAGCAUCAUCAUUUCCUGGAUUGCCACAAGAAAUACACUAUCAUAAUCUCAAUGAGCGAAUAAAUGGUUUUAUCAAAGAAUUAUGUCAAACAUUAGAUCGUUGUCCUAUAACACAAUUGAAAAAAAUCUUAAAACCAUUUCUACAACAGAAUUCGACACAGUAUGUUCAAUUGAUGCGUUUUAUACAAUUAAAUUUAUUCAACAGAAAAGAUUUAAUUCAACAAAUUGAACCAAAAUUAACCUAUUGUCUAACUAAACUUGUACAACAAUUAUUGAGAAAAAUGGUAAAAAAGAAAAUCGAUAAUCGUAUACGUGUCCUAAUUGAAAAUGGCAUCAAAUCAUUUCAUCGUUCGAUGUUUAUUAUUGUUGGAGAUAAAGGUCGCGACCAAGUGGUUAUCUUACAUCAUAUGUUAUCAAAAGCACAAAUAAAAGCUCGUCCAUCUGUAUUAUGGUGUUAUAAAAAGGAAUUAGAUUUUUCUUCACAUCGAAAAAAACGUAUGCGUCAAAUACAGCAAAAAAUGAAAUCGGGUAGUACAUUAAUUAAAGAUGAUGAUCCAUUUGAAUUAUUUAUAUCUUCAACAAAUAUACGUUACACGUAUUAUAAUGAAACACACAAAAUAUUAGGAAAUACAUUUGGAAUGUGUGUAUUACAGGUAAAAUAUCACAAUUAUUUACUAGUU